AUGGCUAUCAUACACCACCGCCGCUCUUCCUUGAAUAAAACAUCCGAAGCUCGCGUUCGGCAAGAACUUGAAAGUCUGUCAAGCUUGGCGGAACUGUUCCUCGCUCGGUCAGGGACACUUCCUAUGAAUGUUUCCUUUGAUCUGGAUUACAAACCCUUCGAGGGAAUUCAAGGAUGCUUCCAAACCUGGAGAUCAUGCAUUGCCCGUUGCAAGUCAUUGCGGCUCCACGUAGUAGUGCCGAUGCUGCGCCUGUUCUUCCCGGUCCCAGUCGAGUUGCCCCUGCUCGAGUCCCUGCAAUACAUCCCUGUGUUCUGCUCCCCUGUUAUUCCGGUAUCACUUGCGAACAUCUCAGCGCCACGACUCGCUUCUCUAUCCCUGGACAGCAUUCGUGAAACGGAUUCCAUUGACAUCGGUAUUCCUGCAUCUCAACUCACUGAACUCCGGCUGGAGACAGCCCUCAAUCUCUCUGUCAUCAGGCUCCUCGAGGCACAGUGUCAAUCGCUCAAGACUGUGCGCUUGCAUUUUGACCGUUCCGUCGUAUCUCGUAUGCGUCCAAUGACAUUCCCGAAUUUGGAGGAUGCCGAUCUAAAAUUUCCAGACGACAUUUUUGAUGUCGUUUUGCCCAACUUUGUCGCACCAUCAUUACAAGCCUUGCGUAUCGCUGCGUCGUCCUCUCCUCUGCUCGAACCCUUCGUCAUGUUUCUCGCUCGCAUGCUCGCGGCUUCGGGUAGUCAGCUCCGGAAGCUGCACAUUGAUUGCUGGGAGGUCUUUGAAGAUGUGGAGGGACUGUACCGCGUACUAAAAGCGGUCCCAUCAUUAUCUUUCCUCUCAAUUUUUGGGUCAUUGUCGUCAGGAAUCCGCCUCGAUGAGAUCCUCGACCCUCUCAUCCAUAGGGAUCCAGCCACCAAUCAAUUUCCCGUUCCGCAUCUGGCGAAACUUAACAUCAGCUUUAACGCGGACGACGCGGAGGGGUGUGCUGACGACGAGAGCCUGUGCGAGAUCCUUGACCUUAGACGGAGCGGGGAGUACGCCGUCGCAAAACUCGAAACGGUCGACAUAGAAAACUACCGCCCCAAGCCGGUCUGGCGCAUCCGGCCUGGCGUGGAAGGGAUAAUCAGGGACCCCGAUUUCACCGAGUGA